AUGGACCCAGUCAAGUACAUUUUUGAGAAACCCGCUCUUACAGGACGGAUCGCUCGAUGGCAAGUUCUGCUAUCUGAGUUUGACAUUGUCUAUGUCACUCAAAAGGCGAUAAAAGGAAGCGCCUUGGUGAACUAUCUAGCUCAGCAGCCUCUCAAUGACUACCAGCCCAUGCAUCUGGAGUUUCCAAAUGAAGACAUCAUGGCCUUGUUCGGGGAGAAGGUGAAGGAUGAGGAAAGGGAUAACUGGAUCGUGUGGUUCGACGGCGCGUCCAACGCCCAAGGCCAUCGGGUUGGGGCGGCUUUGUUCUCUCCCAACAACCAAUGCAUUCCCUUCAUAACUAGAUUGGGCUUUGAUUGCACGAAUAAUAUGGCUGAGUACGAGGCAUGCACCCUCGGAAUCCAAGUGGCAAUUGACUUUAACGUCAAAUUGCUCAAAGUGUACAGAAACUCAGCCUUGGUAAUUCACCAACUGAGGGGAGAAUGGGAAACUAGGGAUCACAAGUUGAUACCCUAUCAGGCCUACAUCAAGAAACUGAUUGAGUUCUUCGACAAGGUCACCUUCCACCACAUUCCAAAAGAGGAAAAUCAGAUGGUUGAUGCGCUUGCCACUCUAGCAUCCAUGUUUCAUCUAACCCUACAUGCUUGCCAUACAUCGAGUUCAGAUGUCGCAGCAAGCCCACACAUUGCUGCUUGA